AUGGGGGGGGGGGGGGGGGGGGGGGGGGGGGGGGGGGGGGGGGGGGGGGGGGGGGGGGGGGGGGGGGGGGGGGGGGGGGGGGGGGGGGGGGGGGGGGGGGGGGGGGGGGGGGGGGGGGGGGGGGGGGGGGGGUGGGGGGGGGGGGGGGGGGGGGGGGGGGGGGGGGGGGGGGGGGGGGGGGGGGGGGGGGGGGGGGGGGGGGGGGGGGGGGGGGGGGGGGGGGGGGGGGGGGGGGGGGGGGGGGGGGGGGGGGGGGGGGGGGGGGGGGGGGGGGGGGGGGGGGGGGGGGGGGGGGGGGGGGGGGGGGGGGGGGGGGGGGGGGGGGGGGGGGGGGGGGGGGGGGGGGGGGGGGGGGGGGGGGGGGGGGGGGGGGGGGGGGGGGGGGGGGGGGGGGGGGGGGGGGGGGGGGGGGGGGGGGGGGGGGGGGGGGGGGGGGGUGGGGGGGGGGGGGGGGGGGGGGGGGGGGGGGGGGGGGGGGGGGGGGGGGGGGGGGGGGGGGGGGGGGGGGGGGGGGCGGGGGGGGGGGGGGGUGGGGGGGGGGGGGGGGGGGGGGGGGGGGGGGGGGUGGGGGGGGGGGGGGGGGGGGGGGGGGGGGGGGGGGGGGGGGGGGGGGGGGGGGGGGGGGGGGGGGGGGGGGGGGGGGGGGGGGGGGGGGGUGGGGGGGGGGGGGGGGGGGGGGGGGGGGGGGGGGGGGGGGGGGGGGGGGGGGGGGGGGGGGGGGGGGGGGGGGGGGGGGGGGGGGGGGGGGGGGGGGGGGGGGGGGGGGGGGGGGGGGGGGGGGGGGGGGGGGGGGGGGGGGGGGGGGGGGGGGGGGGGGGGGGGGGGGGGGGGGGGGGGGGGGGGGGGGGGGGGGGGGGGGGGGGGGGGGGGGGGGGGGGGGGGGGGGGGGGGGGGGGGGGGGGGGGGGGGGGGGGGGGGGGGGGGGGGGGGGGGGGGGGGGGGGGGGGGGGGGGGGGGGGGGGGGGGGGGGGGGGGGGGGGGGGGGGGGGGGGGGGGGGGGGGGUGGGGGGGGGGGGGGGGGGGGGGGGGGGUGGGGGGGGGGGGGGGGGGGGGGGGGGGGGGGGGGGGGGGGGGGGGGGGGGGGGGGGGGGGGGGGGGGGGGGGGGGGGGGGGGGGGGGGGGGGGGGGGGGGGGGGGGGGGGGGGGGUGGGGGGGGGGGGGGGGGGGGGGGGGGGGGGGGGGGGGGGGGGGGGGGGGGGGGGGGGGGGGGGGGGGGGGGGGGGGGGGGGGGGGGGGGGGGGGGGGGGGGGGGGGGGGGGGGGGGGGGGGGGGGGGGGGGGGGGGGGGGGGGGGGGGGGGGGGGGGGGGGGGGGGGGGGGGGGGGGGGGGGGGGGGGGGGGGGGGGGGGGGGGGGGGGGGGGGGGGGGGGGGGGGGGGGGGGGGUGGGGGGGGGGGGGGGGGGGGGGGGGGGGGGGGGGGGUGGGGGGGGGGGGGGGGGGGGGGGGGGGGGGGGGGGGGGGGGGGGGUGGGGGGGGGGGGGGGGGGGGGGGGGGGGGGGGGGGGGGGGGGGGGGGGGGGGGGGGGGGGGGGGGGGGGGGGGGGUGGGGGGGGGGGGGGGGGGGGGGGGGGGGGGGGGGGGGGGGGGGGGGGGGGGGGGGGGGGUGGGGGGGGGGGGGGGGGGGGGGGGGGGGGGGGGGGGGGGGGGGGGGGGGGGGGGGGGGGGGGGGGGGGGGGGGGGGGGGGGGGGGGGGGGGGGGGGGGGGGGGGGGGGGGGGGGGGGGGGGGGGGGGGGGGGGGGGGGGGGGGGGGGGGGGGGGGGGGGGGGGGGGGGUGGGGGGGGGGGGGGGGGGGGGGGGGGGGGGGGGGGGGGGGGGGGGGGGGGGGGGGUGGGGGGGGGGGGGGGGGGGGGGGGGGGGGGGGGGGGGGGGGGGGGGGGGGGGGGGGGGGGGGGGGGGGGGGGGGGGGGGGGGGGGGGGGGGGGGGGGGGGGGGGGGGGGGGGGGGGGGGGGGGGGGGGGGGGGCGGUGGGGGGGGGGGGGGGGGGGGGGGGGGGGGGGGGGGGGGGGGGGGGGGGGUGGGGGGGGGGGGGGGGGGGGGGGGGGGGGGGGGGGGGGUGGGGGGGGGGGUGGGGGGGGGGGGGGGGGGGGGGGGGGGGGGGGGGGGGGGGGGGGGGGGGGGGGGGGGGGGGGGGGGGGGGGGGGGGGGGGGGGUGGGGGGGGGGGGGGGGGGGGGGGGGGGGGGGGGGGGGGGGGGGGGGGGGGGGGGGGGGGGGGGGGGGGGGGGGGGGGGGGGGGGGGGGGGGGGGGGGGGGGGGGGGGGGGGGGGGGGGGGGGGGGGGGGGGGGGGGGGGGGGGGGGGGGGGGGGGGGGGGGGGGGGGGGGGGGGGGGGGGGGGGGGGGGGGGGGGGGGGGGGGGGGGGGUGGGGGGGGGGGGGGGGGGGGGGGGGGGGGGGGUGGGGGGGGGGGGGGGGGGGGGGGGGGGGGGGGGGGGGGGGGGGGGGGGGGGGGGGGGGGGGGGGGGGGGGGGGGGGGGGGGGGGGGGGUGGGGGGGGGGGGGGGGGGGGGGGUGGGGGGGGGGGGGGGGGGGGGGGGGGGGGGGGGGGGGGGGGGGGGGGGGGGUGGGGGGGGGGGGGGGGGGGGGGGGGGGGGGGGGGGGGUGGGGGGGGGGGGGGGGGGGGGGGGGGGGGGGGGGGGGGGGGGGGGGGGGGGGGGGGGGGGGGGGGGGGGGGGGGGGGGGGGGGGGGGGGGGGGGGGGGGGGGGGGGGGGGGGGGGGGGGGGGGGGGGGGGGGGGGGGGGGGGGGGGGGGGGGGUGGGGGGGGGGGGGGGGGGGGGGGGGGGGGGGGGGGGGGGGGGGGGGGGGGGGGGGGGGGGGGGGGGGGGGGGGGGGGGGGGGGGGGGGGGGGGGGGGGGGGGGGGGGGGGGGGGGGGGGGGGGGGGGGGGGGGGGGGGGGGGUGGGGGGGGGGGGGGGGGGGGGGGGGGGGGGGGGGGGGGGGGGGGUGGGGGGGGGGGGGGGGGGGGGGGGGGGGGGGGGGGGGGGGGGGGGGGGGGGGGGGGGGGGGGGGGGGGGGGGUGGGGGGGGGGGGGGGGGGGGGGGGGGGGGGGGGGGGGGGGGGGGGGGGGGGGGUGGGGGGGGGGGGGGGGGGGGGGGGGGGGGGGGGGGGGGGGGGGGGGGGGGGUGGGGGGGGGGGGGGGGGGGGGGUGGGGGGGGGGGGGGGGGGGGGGGGGGGGGGGGGGGGGGGGGGUGGGGGGGGGGGGGGGGGGGGGGGGGGGGGGGGGGGGGGGGGGGGGGGGGGGGGGGGGGGGGGGGGGGGGGGGUGGGGGGGGGGGGGGGGGGGGGGGGGGGGGGGGGGGGGGGGGGGGGGGGGGGGGGGGGGGGGGGGGGGGGGGGGGGUGGGGGGGGGGGGGGGGGGGGGGGGGGGGGGGGGGGGGGGGGGGGGGGGGGGGGGGGGGGGGGGGGGGGGUGGGGGGGGGGGGGGGGGGGGGGGGGGGGGGGGGGGGGGGGGGGGGGGGGGGGGGGGGUGGGGGGGGGGGGGGGGGGGGGGGGGGGGGGGGGGGGGGGGGGUGGGGGGGGGGGGGGGGGGGGGGGGGGGGGGGGGGGGGGGGGGGGGGGGGGGGGGGGGGUGGGGGGGGGGGGGGGGGGGGGGGGGGGGGGGGGGGGGGGGGGGGGGGGGGGGGGGGGGGGGGGGGGGGGGGGGGGGGGGGGGGGGGGGGGGGGGGGGGGGGGGGGGGGGGGGGGGGGGGGGGGGGGGGGGGGGGGGGGGGGGGGGGGGGGGGGGUGGGGGGGGGGGGGGGGGGGGGGGGGGGGGGGGGUGGGGGGGGGGGGGGGGGGGGGGGGGGGGGGGGGGGGGGGGGGGGGGGGGGGGGGGGGGGGGGGUGGGGGGGGGGGGGGGGGGGGGGGGGGGGGGGGGGGGGGGGGGGGGGGGGGGGGGGGGGGGGGGGGGGGGGGGGGGGGGGGGGGGUGGGGGGGGGGGGGGGGGGGGGGGGGGGGGGGGGGGGGGGGGGGGGGGGGGGGGGGGGGGGGGGGGGGGGGGGGGGGGGGGGGGGGGGGGGGGGGGGGGGGGGUGGGGGGGGGGGGGGGGGGGGGGGGGGGGGGGGGGGGGGGGGGGGGGGGGGGGGGGGGGGGGGGGGGGGGGGGGGGGGGGGGGGGGGGGGGGGGGGGGGGGGGGGGGGGGGGGGGGGGGGGGGGGGGGGGGGGGGGGGGGGGGGGGGGGGGGUGGGGGGGGGGGGGGGGGGGGGGGGGGGGGGGGGGGGGGGGGGGGGGGGGGGGGGGGGGGGGGGGGGGGGGGGGGGGGGGGGGGGGGGGGGGGGGGGGGGGGGGGGGGGGGGGGUGGGGGGGGGGGGGGGGGGGGGGGGGGGGGGGGGGGGGGGGGGGGGGGGGGGGGGGGGGGGGGGGGGGGGGGGGGGGGGGGGGGUGGGGGGGGGGGGGGGGGGGGGGGGGGGGGGGGGGGGGGGGGGGGGGGGGGGGGGGGGGGGGGGGGGGGGGGGGGGGGGGGGGGGGGGGGGGGGGGGGGGGUGGGGGGGGGGGGGGGGGGGGGGGGGGGGGGGGGGGGGGGGGGGGGGGGGGGGGGGGGGGGUGGGGGGGGGGGGGGGGGGGGGGGGGGGGGGGGGGGGGGGGGGGGGGGGGGGGGGGGGGGGGGGGGGGGGGGGGGGGGGGGGGGGGGGGGGGGGGGGGGGGGGGGGGGGGGGGGGGGGGGGGGGGGGGGGGGGGGGGGGGGGGGGGGGGGGGGGGGGGGGGGGGGGGGGGGGGGGGGGGGGGGGGGGGGGGGGGGGGGGGGGUGGGGGGGGGGGGGGGGGGGGGGGUGGGGGGGGGGGGGGCGGGGGGGGGCGCGGGGGGGUGGUGUGGCGGGUGGGGGGGGGCGAGUGGGGGGGGGUGGGUGGGGGGGGGCGCGAGGGGGGAGUGGCGGGGGGGGCGGGGGGGGUGGGGUGUGGGCGUGGGGGCUUGUGGUGGGGUUGUGGGCGUGUGGGGGGCUGUGGGGUGUUGGGAUGGAACGGAGGGGGGGUUGGGGGGUGGGAGAUGGGGGGGGGAGGGGUGGGGUGGGGGGCUGCCAGGGUGGGGGGAGCAACCUGGCGGUGGAGGCGGGAGGGGGGGUUGGGCGGUGGGCUCUGCUGGGGGGGGUGGGUACGCACGUCGUGUAUGGAGAGACCAGGGUCUUGGUAAGUGCUGGGGACUGGGAGCGCUGGGGGGCGGGUGAGGCCGGAUGGUUAGCCAUGAGGAUAUCGGGGCUGGGGCCGAUGGUCUUGAGUAUCAGCUCGCAGCUUGAUGGGCGGGUGGUGUGUGGUUGGAGGGAGGGUGGGGGGCUACAGGGGUGA